UUUCGCGCGCGCACUCUGCUGCUCGGGAGCACCGUCGUCAAACGAUAAGAACCCGCGGAGAGGCGAAGCGCGGUGAGACGGCCCAGCGAGCAGCGCGACAACAGCUGGUGGCGACGACGACGACGGCUGCAACAAUGUCUUCCUCCUCGGCGGUCGUCGAUCUGAACGUGGGCGGCACCGCGUACAGCGCGUCGCGCGAGACACUGUCUCGCUGCCCCGUGCUCGGCGAGCUGCUCGACGGCGGCCCGCGUGACUCGCAGGGCCGCGUCUUCGUCGACAGGGACGGGGCCCUCUUCCGCUUCAUCCUGGACUUCCUCCGGUCGGGCCGCCUGCUGCUUCCCGAGGAGUUCCGCGAGCUGGCAAGACUCAAGGAUGAGGCCCAGCACUUUCGGCUUGACGCCCUGGUAACCUGCCUGUCGGCCACGUCCGCCCUGCCGGCGCCGUUCCCGGGCCAGCCGGGCUACAUAACGCUCGGGUACCGCGGAACGUUCGCGUUCGGCCGCGACGGCCUGGCGGACGUCAAGUUCCGCAAGCUGACACGCAUCCUCAUCUGCGGCAAGGUGACCAUGUGCCGCGAAGUGUUCGGCGACACGCUGAACGAGUCGCGCGACCCCGACCGCGGCCAGGAUGACCGGUACACGUCGCGCUUCUUCCUCAAGCACAACUCUCUGGAACAAGCGUUCGACUGCCUCCAGGAGUCGCGGUUCCGCUGCGUGUGUGCCGCUGGCACCGGCACCUCGUGCGGCGGCGGAAACGAGCCGCUCAAGCCGGGCGUCGACUCGGAGGAGAACCGCUGGAACCACUACAACGAGUUUGUGUUUGUGCGCCCCUAAGGAACACAGGAGAGAGAGAGAGGGGGUGUCCAGGAGCGAGGGGCCCUUUUGCUGCGCAGUUGGGUCGCUGUGACGGCGGCGGCGGCGCCGGCCGAUUUCCCGACCAACGGAGCAUAUCAUUCGUC